AUGGCUCAAGCCCCGCCCACGUUCACGCCAGAUACAGAGUUUGCCGACUUUGAUACACCUCGCGAUCCCAGAGCCGGCAGUCUGUCGGUGACUGCUCUGGCUCGGUUCGAGUUUGAGGCAGGAAAGGGAAAUGAGGGUACCAAGAUCCUAAUGGUGGAAUGGGAGGACGACGACAUCACUCGAUCAACCGCCGAGGGGUCCUGGCAUGUCUCCUGGGCGGGGAAACCAACGGUUCUUCCAGCUGAUGAAAGACCGAGCGAGAGCACACGCCGGUUCUACUUUCUUUUACCGCCAAAUGUCACAAUCCCACCGGUUGUCACCUUAGCAUACGAAUUUUCUAGCGUGUCGAAGACCCACGAUGAACACUCUCUGCCGUCAUCGAAGCGUGACGUGUUUCAGCUGAAUCCGCUUCCUGCUAUUUUCCCACCGGAGUUGGGUGCAACGGGCCGCGCUGCGGGCAAGAAGGGCGUUCUUCACACAAUUUGGGCCAAAAAGCGACUACGGGUGCUGGAGAAGGAGAUUCAAGAGGAAUCAGCAACAAAUGCCGAGGGAGUUGCCCUGCAUAUGGCUGUGCAAGAAAAAGAAUGGAUCGAAGGCAACUUUGGUCUAAGUCCACAUGGAACCGAUAACAGCCAUGACGCUUCUAACUCGUUAUCCGUGUACCCUGCUGGGCCUGCCACACCAGUGUCGCCCGUCAGUGGAAGGAAGCUGAUGGAUAAAUUGAAGGGACUGAAGCUACAGACCAGUGAGAAGGACCUUUCGGCUAAAGAUGAUUCCAACAACGCGCAUCUUCUGUCGCCCCAAUCGCCUGAUGUCGCAGUGUCCUCAUUCAGCUCUUUCCGCAGUUUAUCGAAUCGGGCUCCCAACUCAAUGCUCACCCCAGAUACAAAUUUCACGCCCACUCCAAACCUUCAGGCAAGUCCAGCCGGUCUCGACUCGCUGAGACCUGUUGCAUUCCACCCGCCAAACUUCAUUCAGGAGGCUCAGCAAUCGAGCGAGCUUGCGGGCUUCGCUGCGAUCAGCUCGACGCCUGCCCUCGCACAAGUGUCUGGCGGUGACUCCGGCGACGACUUAUUUGCCAAGGCACUGAGCCCACGCUCUCCAGACCUUCCUCGCAGCCCGUUCUCGCUUGCAUGA